AUGGAGGACAGUAAUCAGUCAGACACUUCUAACACAACUGUUUCUGACAGUAUAGAUACAGGUAAACGUUUAACAGGUGAAGCAUCUACUAAACAAAGAUCAUUAGAGAAAAAUUUUGAUUGUAAGGUAUGUGGGAAAACUUUUGUGAAUUCCAGUAAUUUGCGAAUCCACAAAAAUUUACAUACUGGGGAAAAACCGUUUGAAUGUGAGAUUUGUGGAAAGUUAUGUAAUCAGGGGUCUCAUCUUGCUGUCCACAAACGUAGUCACACUGGGGAAAGACCCUUCCGCUGUGAAAUAUGUGGAAAGUCAGUUGUCAAUAGCAGCUCUUUAAAAAGUCACAAAAGAAUCCAUACGGGAGAAAAGCCAUAUCAUUGCGAAAUGUGUGGUAAAUCAUUUAAUGAGAGAUCGAACCUUGUUAAACACAUAAAUAUUCACACUGGAGCAAAACUGUACAAUUGUGAAAUAUGUGGGAAAUCUUUUAUGAGUUCGAGUAAUCUAAAAACACAUGAAAAGUUACAUACAGGAGAGAAACCAUAUCACUGUGAGAUAUGCGGGAAAUCGUUUAUUCAAAAGUCUCACCUUGUUAUUCACAAUCGUAGCCACACUGGGGAAAAACCUUUCCAUUGUGAUAUAUGUGGGAAAUCCUUUGUUGAUAAUAGCUAUUUAACCAAUCAUAAACGGAUUCACAGGGGAAAAGUACAGUUCCAAUGUGAAAUAUGUGGAAAAUCUUUCAUGACUAACUUACAGCUCACUACCCAUGUACAAACUCACACCGGAGAAAAAUCAUAUCAUUGUGAAAUUUUUCAUGUCCGUACCCAUACUGGAGAAAGACCUUAUCAGUGUGAAAUCUGUGAGAAAGCAUUUAUUUGUAAAAGUGAUGUAAAUAAACACAAACGAACACACAGUAAAGGGAAGCCUUUGGACUGUGAAACAUGA